GCUGGGUCUGGGUUCUCAGAAGGGAGGGGCGAGCGUGAGUGUCUGGGUCCGCCGGCCCCGGUAGACUGCGGAGGCUCUGGCAGGCAGGGCCUGGUCGGGUCAUGGGGCAAGCCUCCUUCGGGGGAAGAGGACCAGGGGUUCCCAGAGGGCGAGAGGACAAGGCACUCGCGGGGGCGCCAGCAAGGUGCGCAAAACCCGCGCUGACACCCGCGCAAAACCCGCGCUGACCUGCGUGGGCAGGUCCCAGGUCGCGCCCUGCGCUCUCCCUCUCCUCCGCGCGGGUGCAAACGCCAAAGGCAUUCUCCCCAGAUCUGCGUAGUGCCCGAGGGGAGGCGAGGGCCUCCCUGCAGGCAGGGUUGCCCAGUUCAGCCAAAAAGAAAGAAAAAAGAAAAGAAAAAAACCCAGAAAACGAAUACGUACUUAUUCACCGUGUAUAACAUACAAUGUGUGUAUAUACACUAUUACGUAUUUAGAUAGAAGCGCGUAGGUGUCCGUAAACGUAGUUACAUCUAAGCGCAUUCACGUGUAAGUAUAAACACUCAAACGUAAGCGGACACACAGGACGCCCGUUUACAUUUGAAGUUCAGAUAAGCGGGUACUUUUUUGGUGUUUGUCCCAUACAGUAUCUGAGAGCAUUUUCCCACAAAAAUGAUUCGUCGUUUGCCUGAAAUUCAACUUGAGCGCGCGUCCCGCGUUUUCGGUGUCAACCCUCGCUGGGGGGCGGAUCGUCCUGCUGGCGAGAAGCGCGGCGGCGCGGGAACGCGCGAACUACAAGCCCCACAAUGCUGCGCGGGCACCCGGGGCCCUGAUAGGCUGCGAGGUGCUUCCGCACCCCCGUCACUUCCGGCCGCGGUGUUGGCGGUUGCCGCAGACCCAGCUGGAGUGGAGCGCCUGGGGCCGGGGGUCGGAGGCAGCCAUGAACUUCUCCGAGGUGUUCAAGCUCUCCGGCCUGCUCUGCAAGUUCUCCCCGGACGGCAAGUACCUGGCUUCUUGCGUCCAGUACCGCUUAGUGGUCCGGGAUGUGCACACCCUCCAGAUCCUUCACCUGUACACGUGCCUGGACCAGAUCCAGCACAUCGAGUGGUCGGCGGACUCCCUCUUCAUCCUGUGCGCCAUGUACAAGCGGGGGCAGGUUCAGCUUGACGCGCGUGCGCUCAUGUGUUGUGGGUCUGCGUUUCUGUCCGUUGCGAAUCCAGGUGUGGUCCCUGGAGCAGCCGGAGUGGCACUGCAGGAUCGACGAGGGCUCGGCCGGGCUGGUGGCCUCCUGCUGGAGCCCCGACGGCCGCCACAUCCUCAACACAACCGAGUUCCACCUGCGGAUAACUGUCUGGUCCUUGUGCACAAAGUCCGUGUCUUACAUCAAAUACCCCAAAGCCUGUCAGCAGGGGGUCUCCUUUACCCGGGACGGCCGCUACAUGGCGCUGGCGGAGCGGCGCGACUGCCAGGACCACGUGAGCGUCUUCGUCUGCAGCGACUGGCAGCUCCUGCGGCACUUUGACACAGAGACCCAGGACCUCGCAGGGAUUGAGUGGGCCCCAAACGGCUGUGUGCUGGCAGUGUGGGACACCUGCCUGGAGUACAAGGUCCUGCUCUACUCCUUGGAUGGCCGGCUCUUGUCCGCGUACUGUGCCUACGAGUGGUCCCUGGGCGUCAAGUCUGUGGCCUGGAGCCCCAGCAGUCAGUUCCUGGCCAUCGGAAGCUAUGACGGGAAGGUGCGCAUCCUUAAUCACGUGACUUGGAAAAUGAUCACAGAGUUUGGGCACCCAGCCACCAUUAACAAUCCCAAAAUAGUCGUGUACAAGGAAGCCGAGAAGACUCCGCGGCUGGCGCCGGGCCGCGUGGCCUUCCCCCCGCCCAGAGCAGCGGCCGGCGUGGCCUACCCCGCGGAGACCAAGUAUGAGAUCGCCUCCGUGCCAGUCUCCUUACAGACCCUGAAGCCUGUUGCCGACAGAGCGAACCCGAAAAUCGGCAUCGGAGCGCUGGCCUUCAGCCCGGACAGCUACUUCCUGGCAACGAGAAGCGACAGUGUCCCGGACGCCGUCUGGAUCUGGGACAUGCAGAAGCUGAGGCUCUUCGUGGUGCUGGAGCAGCUGUCCCCCGUGCGCUCCUUCCAGUGGGACCCGCAGCAGCCCCGGCUGGCCAUCUGCACGGGAGGCGGCAAGGUGUACCUGUGGUCGCCAGCGGGCUGCGUGUCCGUGCAGGUGCCUGGGGAAGGUGACUUUCAGGUGCUUUCUCUGUGCUGGCAUUUAAACGGGGACUCACUGGCCCUCCUCAGUAAGGACCACUUCUGCCUGUGUUUCCUGGAAACCGAGGACAGGGUUGGCACGGCCUUUGGACGGCCAGGUGACCACACGUAGGACCUGCGAGUGCCCAGGCCCGGCCGAGACGAGAGAACACCGCGGCACGUGGCAGCUACGGGGAAGGUGCGGGGCUUCUGGGGGGCGGGGGGUGUUCCCCAACAGUGGCCCAGAUGAAAUGACCGGCUUUUAUUUUUGUAUAGCAUUCCUGUAAAUAUGUAUGGUAUGAAACUAAUUUUUAUUUAAAAUAAAC